AGGACAUCAAAAAGGAUCAUCGCUGUCACUGCCAAGUGGUUUUUGUUUGUCCCAGAAUAGAGGUUAUGGCGCGAGGGCUAAUCCUAUUAUCUUCGCCAACUUUCACUGCAACUUCUGUAUUAGCUUCAUUCUCUAAAACCCCACCAAAAAGUUUUAAGCUUUCAUUAGGUUCCCAUCUUCUACACCAUCAUUCUCAUCCUCAACCUUGCUCUCUUCCAUUAACUUGUUGCUUCUGCGUGUCCUCUUCUCCUUCCCAAUGCCCAAUUGACAUGUCCAAAUAUAGAGAAGUAUUUUCCAGGCGAAUGGCCAUGGCUGGACUCAAACCCCAUCACCGAAUUGCUUUGGGAGUCUCAGGUGGCCCUGACAGUAUGGCACUAUGUGUGUUAACUGCUGGAUGGAAAAUUGGUGGUGGUGUUAAUGCUGUCAGCACUGAGAGUGGUGGUUUCAUAGAUGGGCUAUUGGCAAUAAUUGUUGAUCAUGGACUACGUUCUGAGAGCAAAGAGGAGGCCAACAUUGUUUCUCACCGUGUUUCUGAAAUGGGAAUCAGAUGUGAGAUUGCUCGCUGUGAUUGGCCAUGUGGUAGGCCCAAACAGGGUCAGUUGCAAGAAGCUGCUCGUGAAAUGAGGUACCAGAUCUUUCAAGAAGUUUGUGCCCAACAGAAGAUUGGGGUGUUGCUUAUUGCACAUCAUGCUGAUGAUCAGGCUGAGUUAUUUAUUUUAAGGCUUUCUCGAAAUAGUGGUGUGCUUGGACUUGCAGGCAUGCCUUUCACCUCCCAAAUUUUCCCUACUCAUACUCAUUCCUGCUGUAAAGUUCCAGCAAACCAUGGCAUCCUUCUUGUGCGACCUCUUCUGGAAUUUUCAAAGGAAGAUAUGUAUAAGAUAUGCCAAGGAGCUAGUGAGGAUUGGGUCGAAGACCCAACAAAUCAAAGCCCAUUAUUCACACGUAAUAGGAUACGAAUGACACUGAAUACUUUGUCAUCUUUUGCAUUCAAGUCUGAGCUCCAAAACAUUAUUUCUGCAUGUCGAAUAACACGGACAUACGUUGAUCAAGUUUGCUAUAGCUUGAUAUGUGAUGCUGUAAUUAUCAUGGAUCACGGAUAUGCCGUUAUUGAUUUACAGAUUCUCUGUCCUUUGAAAAUUGAGGACAUAUGCCUGAUGAAGUUUCUUUCCUUGAUCUUGCAGUUCAUCUCGCAAAGACAUAGGCAAAUCAGAGGUGGUGCUUUGAAAUUGCUAAUGGACUACAUUCGUACUUUUCCAUGCAAGAACUCUAUUACAGCAGCAGGUUGUUACCUUUGCCCGGAUCCUGGUUCUAGAGGGUCCAGAGUUCUGGUUUGCUGUUCCAUUGACUUUCCUUUGCCUUUAAAGAUGGAAUAUUUUGAGUCAUGCUCUUACAAAGAAUUGGAGAAUUGUGUUUCCGAUGAGUUGGAAAAAAUUAUAGAGGAUGAAAAAUCAUAUGCAAAUCGCUUGGUUCCAGAUGCAUCAAAUGUCCACUUUUUGGAUGUGAAUCCUGAGUUAGUUUUGACUGAAGCCAAAAGACUAAACAUAAUCAGUGAAUCAACCUACAGUAGUAUUCUUGUAUUGCAGAAGGAAGAAACCACUCGCUUCAGGUCUAAAGCUGAGGCCAUUUCUGACUCUGCAUCAAAGCAUGGAGUUAAAAUUGUUAACACUUCUGGCGAAUCACUUCAGCCAGGGAAGUUCUGUUACUUCAUGGAUCGAUUUAUUCUCACAUGGAAGUUGAACAAUAAAAUUGAUAGAGAUGCACUUUCUUAUUUAGUUGAUUAUGACAUGGAUUUGUGUGGGGAAGGCUGGAGCUUUUGUUGUACUUGUGUAGUUGGUCAUAAUGAAGUACUUGAAGUGCGGCACAUGAUUGAAUCUGACUGGCUGUAUCUUGCUGAGUUAUCAAAACAUCCACUUCCCCAAAACUUCCCAGAAAACGGGGUUUUAUCAGUGAGCGGAACGAAGCAGAUGAUGGAGAAAACAGCUCCAUGUUUGCACUAUGCCAGUUUAUCAGCAAAAAAAGCUCUCCUGUUGUUAAAAUCUAUCCCAGUUGCUGCAAGGAGAAGCCUGCCAGUUCUGAUCAAUCAACAAGGACAAUUACUAAGCAUUCCAAGUGUUAAUUUCAGGCAUUGCCCCUGCUUGAUGGUGCAUGUGGAAUUUAAGCCAAAAAUACCACUUGGGGGAGGUCAUAGCUCAUUCAUAUAGCAGAAUAGUGACAUGACACUAAACAUCAUGAUUGCAAGAAUAUUUUGGCUGUUGGUUCCCCAGUUUGAAAUGAGAGAACUUGCUAUAACCAUCCUUGACCCCUGCAAAUUUCAUGUCAAAAUGGAACUGCAUCCAUGCUGUGACCACCCACCAGCCACAAUCUGCUUCUUACUAAACAAAGUUCAACUUCCACUGCCAGACCUGGCACAAGUUUCAAGUCA